CAAACCUGCCGUAAACUCUGUUUCUUGACGUAAAGCACAUUUUGUUGAAGUGGAGCGCGCCAAAAAAAAAAAGCCAAUUAGUGAAGCACUCUUUUCUUGCUAACUUAAUCAACGAUUCAAAUGGCAUCGACUAGCAAGAUAGCGUUGCAGUCAAGAAAUUUGCCGUGGGUUGAGAAAUACAGGCCACAGACCCUAGAUGACUUGAUUUCUCACAAGGACAUAUUAAGCACCAUACAGAAGAUUAUCAGUGAGGACAGACUGCCACAUCUCUUCUAUGGACCUCCAGGUGCAGGGAAGACGACUACUAUUCUAGGUUGUGCCAAGCAGCUCUACAAGGACAAGGAGUUCAACGCUAUGGUCUUGGAGCUAAACGUGUCCGACGACCAAGGUGUUGAUGUUGUUUGAGGACUCAUCCUGUGUUUUGCCAGCACCAGGACCAUAUUCAAGAAGGGUUUCAAGUUGGUGAUACUGGACGAGGCCGAUGCUAUGACCCGGGAUGCCCAGAAUGCAUUGCGGCGAGUCAUUGAGAAGUACACAGAGAACAAGUUCUGUCUGAUCUGUAACUACCUGUCUAAAAUUAUCCGGGCCCUGCAGUCCAGAUGCACCAGGUUCCGCCUGUCUCAGGACCAGGUGAUCCCCAGGCUGGAGUAUGCUAUCCAACAGGAGAGCAUCGAUAUAACUCCAGAUGGAAUAAAAGCUAUUGUGACCCUAUCAUCAGGAGACAUGAGAAGUUCACUCAACAUACUGCAGAGCACCAGCAUGGCGUAUGGGAAGGUGACAGAGGGUAAUGUGUACACCUGCGCUGGUCACCCACUACGAUCAGACAUAGCCAACAUUCUGGGCUGGUCCCUAAACAAGUUGACUUUCAUCCUGUGUUUCGGAUGGGUUUGCUUAUCAAGUUGGCAGAUAUUAAGUGCUCCUGUAUCUUCGGUAUGGCUGUUGAUUAUAUACAAUUUGUUGGGUACCGGCUGGCCUCGGGACCCAACGAGAAGACCCAGUUGAGUUCGAUGGUGGCAGCUUUUCAGGCAGUGAGAGAGAUCUGGGUCAGGCAGUGAGAGAGAUCUGCCACCCAGACCAGCGGUCCCCAAACAGUCACAAUCUAUUACAGUGCUUCCCAAACUGUGCCCACGCCCCCCCCCCAAUUUUUAAGGAACUCAGUGCAGCUUUCAACUUACUCUUGAAAGUUGUAAUAGUAGAAUGCACAAGAUGCAAUUUAAAAAAUGGGUAGUGCACCAUCAGUGUUCCUCUUGUUAUUUCAGUCAUUGCCUACCUUAAAGCUAUUUGUAACUUGUCAGAAAUGUCCAUGUCAGCUAACAUUUUUUUAGCCCAUAGAUUUUGUUGUAAUGUUUGAGACUCAAAUCACAUGAAUACACAUUAGACACGGCAACAUUUGAUAGAAUUCCAAGAAAAUGAUUGAAAACUGCAACAUUUUCUCUGCACCCCUUGACAAAAUGUUUGAAUUGCAGGAAAAAAAGCUUUAAACUUGCAACAUUUUCUCUCCACCAACAAGAGGGGUGUGAACAGUUUAUGUCAUGAACAGUGCUUGUGCCCAUAGAACUAGACGUGGCGCAAACGCGGGAGGGGGCGGACGUUCCCCAUUGCUGGAAGGGGUGGCCUGAGUGAAAAAGUUUAGGAACCCCUGAUCUAGUACACAUUGAUCAACCAACCAAGUUCUUGGAGAGCUACGGGUGUGCAUGAUUUUGUUCUAGCCCAUCUUUAACACACCUGCUGCAAUUAAUACAUUGCUGGUCGAGACCAUGGUUACUUGAGUCAGGUGUGUUAGCGUUGGGCUGGGACAAAAGGCCUGCGUACCCUGUUCACUAAAAUAUAACAUUUAUCAAUGAAAGUGUGAGGGGAUAGAACCAGUGAGAUUAACGUCAUAAAAACACUUGUUGUCCCCGUUUGCUCGAUAUUCCUUUAUGUACAUUAAGUAGAAUUUCUGUUUAAUAAAAUUGUAAUUUGUGUAUUUU